UGUUGUUAAUACAGCUAUUGAAAAUGCAUCUCCCACAGAUGCAGAAAACACAAAUCCGAUAGCCCUAUCCUCCGCUGAUUACUCGAAUCCUCACGAAACGGCUCAUUCCCCACCCAUUUCUCCCACAUCCAACUCGACUCAUCAGCCGGCUCCAGCUUCUCCCACAAACCCCUCGAAUUCUUCUCUUCCCACAUACACCAAACCGACUUCUCGCUCUCUCCCUGAACGCACCAUAACAGAAGCAAAUAUCGCUCAGCGAUAUAUCGAAUUCAUCUUUUACUGUAAUCCAUCUGCACCAUUGGAGACUGACAUGACAUCUCUACUCAGAGCUUUCUUCGCCGUACCAAAGUCGGACGGAAAACAAUUUUCACCGUGGCAUUUAUACCAGUUGGUUGCCAAGCAUGAAUCCGGCGAGAUUAAGACGUGGACCAAGUUGGCUCAACAGCUGGGUGUUGAGAGAAACGAAGAGUCGAGUCCUCAGAAGAUACAACAAUAUGCAGUGAGAUUGAAGAAAUGGAUGCGAAGCAUUCACUUGGACGCAUUUUUCGACUAUGUCUUAUCAAAACCAAAUGAUUACUACGCCCACCCCUCUCAAAACCCGACUGGCUACGAAGACCCAGAAGACAACGAGUUAGACGAUUCUGACUUGGUUCUCAAAUUAAUAAAACGUGCCAAUAGCAAACGCAAGAAACGCCGAUAUGUCCGUCGGAAUACUCUUCCUGGUACCACGCCAAAUUCGCAAUUAUCUCCACCCCCAUCAAAACGUCAGAAGGUAACAUUUUCGGCCGGCGAGGAAGAUGAUCUAUCAGAUGUUGCAGACCAAGUUGAUAACACUGGUGUACGAAUUGUUCGUAGAAAGAGUCUUGUGCAAGUAGGUGUAGGGCCUAGAUGGCCUGGUGUUCCUGCACCGGGAAGAGACAUUUUGCAGUUGGGGAACGGAAGAGGUGGACCUUCCACUUCUAAUGUGAAUGGUGGACAGAGAUAUGUACAUGUGAGGAGUGUAGAGAACUUGCAUACUGGACCGUCAUUGAACCUGUCAAGUCAACGUCCACGCGCUCAAAAUCCUACCGCACCACAUCUUACCCCUCCCCUCCAGCAUCCGUCCAUUCCAACUCCAACACCCUCCCCGACAGCAUUACCUGACACAAGACAUGAUAAUUAUAAACAGCACCCUACUAAUCGAUCAUCCGCAAGCGGUACUCAGAUACGCUGGCGAAAUACAUCGAAACGCCGAAAAACGCUAGACUUUGGUGGUGGACAUUAUGACAUAUUUCGUUUGAAAACAACCGCUCAGCCCACUCCACAGCAAUCUAGAAAGAAUUCCUCCAACGACUGCUGGCCGGACGAAUCACGCAACGCUAAUCAAAACACAAACAAUAACGUCAACAUUUCAAAUAUGGCAGGACACACAUUAUCGAAUAUAAAUUCAAUGACUAUGGGCCCGAGCAAUCCACUAAAUCCUUUAAGCGCCAUGUCUCCACUUCCUCAAAUUUCAUACAGUGAGCUACUCUUGCCCCCUGCGAGCGGGGAUGCAAAAGAACUUGUUAUUGUAUUUCAGGAAAGAUUGGUUAGAGCGGUGACAUUAUUGGAGGAUAGACAGAAAAGGAUCGAUAUGCUUGAAAACGUUGUGAGACAAAGAGAGGAUGAGGUCAGACGUGUUGUCAGACGAAUGAAGGACGAAUUUGUCGAGUUGUUGAAGCGCUGGGAGUAA